AGCUUUUACGCCUCCACAUAUCAUCUAAACUUGGACUGCUACUGCUAUAUAUAAAAACUGAAAACCCUCUUCAAUUUACAUCAUUUCCACUUUAAAAGUACCAACUCUCCUCCAUCAACAUAUUAAAUCAUCCACAUUAAACACAUAUCCCUCAAAGUGUAGUGAUCCUAUCCCAUCAUCAUCUCCAUCUACAAAGAUCCACAUAACCAUGGUAGAAGCAACAAAUCUAAGUUUUUCUACCCUCAAGCUUCAAUUUUUACACACAGCAGCCUUACUCACCACCGACUCACCCCACCGUGACCGUCCAUCAGGAAUCUCAACGCCACCUCUACAAACCCCAGCCUCAGUCCCAUUCAAAUGGGAGGAAGAACCCGGAAAACCCAGACUCUGCACCCCCAUCAUCACUAACCCACCCUCCAAAUGCUUGGAGCUUCCCCCAGCUUGUAGGAUGCUGCUGUUCAUGGACAACGACGCUCCCCCUAACAAAACCCCCUCCCCGACAACCCUGCUUGAUGGCCCUUACAACGUCGGCAGGCCCAAAUCUUCGUCUUUCAGAUUCUUUAGGGAGGGCCAGGAUUCUCUGUCUUUGGACAGUCGUGCAGCUGCGUGUGGGAGCAACAAGGGUGGAGGCCAGAAAGUUAGAGGCCGCUUCUUUUGGAAAUUGAGAUCUGGCGGUAAAAAGGUAGUGGACGUGGGGGGUAUAUCCGAGUUUUUUUCAACGACCUCAGGCUCAAGCAACAGGUGCGGCAGCAGUGAGGAGAGGAGGGGUGGCGUUGGGAGAAAGAUGGGCAGACAUGAGAGCUUUUCGGGUGUGGCUCAUGCUAAUAAUAAGUCUUCUCACAUGAUCUGGGCUACUAUAUACCAAGGUUUGAAGCAAGUUGUUCAAUGGAAGAGCAGUAGGAACCAAAUCAACAAGCAGCACCACUGAAGGAGGAGCGCUCUUCCCCCAACUUUAUUGUAUCUUUUCACGAUUAACCAUUGCGAAACUGAACAAGAACCCACCCGCCAUGUGAAGGCAAUUACAAUUCCUUAUUUAAUACACACACACACACAUAUAUAUACGUGUGCGCGUGUGUGUGUGUGGUUAUAAUGUUAAUUACUGUCCGCUAAAUUAUGAUCGACCCACCUGGAAUCUUAAUUACUCCUCUGCUUCUCGUCACAGAAAUUUUCUUUCCAAAGUCAAAAGGCGCAAUGCAUGAGGGGUGGAGGUGGUUCAAGUGGGAACCCUACCCCUGCUUAUACUUGGAUCCAGGCUUCUACCCCCAUAAUCUUUGCCAAAUUUCAUAAGGAACAACAUGUUACAUUUUUCUGGAUGGAUUUUUUCUUUAAAAAACAAUAACAUCUUCACAUUAGUCAGACAACAGGAUAGAAGGUUCAGCCGGAGCAAUGGCAAGUUCGUCA